AUGCCUACCGGUCUCAAUGUGCCUUCCGCCGGACUGUCGCUCCGACCUGGAGACCAGUCCGGGGACCUUUCCGCGAGGCCGGCUCAGAUCAUGCGGCUGAACCUGGUGCAGAGCACCCUGGAUGAUCUGAUUCAGAGCCUGCGGAAAGAGCAGCCGGCACGACUCCGCCUGGGCAAGCACCCGUCUCUUCACUACGGGGGCAAGUCCCAUUCCUUCCAUGCGUAUCCCGAAACACAUCGGUCCGAGAUCUACCAUAGCUCCGAGCAAGAAUCGUUAUAUUUUACGGGGGUUCUGAGCCACAGCUUGGAGGUGGAAAAAGCUAAAAAUGCCACCGCAGCCACGGAUCAGGCUCUGGCAGAUCUAGAGGAGAAACUAAAUGCCCACGAAAGAGGGAAAGAGUCCAAGAAAACCCACAUAAUCUCACACCCUGAUGAGCUGCGAGGGCUCCGGGGCAAAGCAGGGUACAAGGGACCUACGAGCAAGAUCGAGCUCGAAAAAGAUCGCUUCCUCAAAACCGCUGCUCAUCGCUCUCUCACUUCCAGUCCUACACUGGGUGCUCCCAAAUCUCCUGCUCUCGCCAUGACUCCCACCUCUGCUCCAAUGAUGCAAACUAAGGAUCGUGAGAGGCUCGAUGCCCUCAAAGUACCAUUCAUUCACCUUCUCGCGGUUCGCGCCGUAUCAGUCAAGUUCCUCGCCCGCAUGACCCGCAGCACCCCCGAAGACUGCGCCAUCCUCGCCGAGAAAUAUGGUGUCCAGAACCGUAUCAUGACCGACAAAUAUGAUCUGAAGGACAAGGUUUACAAGGAUCUGGAUCUCUGGGGAUUCAAGUACAUACCGGAUGACCAGAAGUCGGCCAUUGAGAACUCCAUCUCUGCCUUCGAUCGCAUGCGUGUUUCGAAGAGCGACCCGAUCUGGCAAACUCUCCUCCCGAAGGUUCAACGAGGCAAGGGAAUUUGUUUGUCACGUCUCAAUCUUCGCACUGCCCCGCCCCCCAAGCCCGCCCCCAAGCCCAAAGCCGGCGGAGCUGAUGAUUCGGGCAAGGACGAUGGCGACCGUGCUCCUGCUAAGACAUCUUCCUCGGCAUCUAAGUCUACUUCGAACUUGCAAAAGGCUCGGUCCUCUGACAAGGAUCUCACCAAGGCCAAGGCCAAGCCCAAGACCACCAACAGCACCCUCACUGGACGGGUCACCAAGAAAGCCGCUACCAAGGCGCCCGCCAAAUCGGAAGGCAACAGCAAGAUCAAGUCCGCGGAAUAUGUCCACGAUUCCGACGAGGAUGACGAUGUCGACAUGCUAGAGGCGCCGGCGCAUCCCGCGCCUGCCCCCAAGCAGUCGGAACACAAGCGGGUUCCGUCCAAUGUGAAAGCCCCAGCGCCAAAGAUCAAAGCCCCGGCUAAGCCUCGUCCCACCGAGGCCCAAUCUGCUCCUGCUAAGGCCCCCGUCAAGGCCUCCAAGUCCGAGACAGCGAAGCCCAAGCUGGAACCCACCAAGCCAACCGGCAAGGUCACGGCCUCCAAGCGUCCUCCGUCGCGACCAUCUACCUCGCCUCAGAAGCCGUCUCCACUCGGCUCAUCCCCCCCAGCCAAUGCAUCCGACCCCACCGGUCGCAAUCGAUCCGACAGUCAGAACCAAUCGUCUGGUUCAUCUUCGUCCUCACCCCUUAUGUCUCAGCAUGCGAAGACCAGCAAAGCUGGCCCGGCUGCAGCUACCGCCAAACUACCUGCUGCUAAAGCUACGGCCCAGACGAACGGCGUUACCAAAACCGCUACCAACCCACUGAAACGCAAGGCGGAGCCUGACCGACUGUCCGUGCCCCAGGCAGGCCGACCCACUGGAAACCUGGAAGCCAAGCGCCGCCGAGCGGUCAGCACCGCCUCCAGCGGAGGCAGCACCGGCAGUGCGUCACCGCCCAUGAGCCACCAGAUCAUGUGGCAGAAGCUGCAGGAAAAGUCUCGGAAGUUCAAAAAGUUUUACAGCAAAUACCGGGCCCUGCAUUCCUCCCUUGCAGAAAAGGCCGAACCCUCUCACGAGGAACUGGCACGUCUACAGGGCCAGCACGACCACCUUGAAGAGAUGAAGAAGGAGAUCUGGGAUGAAGAUCGCCGCCUCAAAGCUCUUCGCUCUUAA